AUGGCGAGCGGCUCUAAAAAUGUAAUCACCCGGAAGAUCGCUUUAAUGGGAUAUCCUUGUGUUGGAAAAUCAUCCAUUACUUUACGCUUUGUCCAAGGCCAUUUCCCGGAUGCUUAUGACACCACUAUAGAAGAUCUUCACAACAAACCAUAUCGUUGGCUUGGCCGAGAUUAUAACCUUAAAAUCACAGGUGAGAUUCACUAUUUUUUUACAAGAGCUCCUAAAUGUCGAGUAAUCUUUCGAAUUACUUUUGUCGAAGCUUCUUGUUCGUGGUUCUUUUCAUCGUUAUAA